UCCGGGACAAAAUAACCGAUGAAAGACAGAAGAAGAAAAGGCAGGCGAGAAAAAAAGCAAACGGAAGUCAGCAUCCGCCAUUCGGCUAAAGAACAGCUUUCAACAAGAUUUUGAGUACUUUGUAGGGGACGCCUGGUAAAAAAAACAAAACAAAAAAGAUCUUUAACAAUGGUGAAGAUAUUUGUGGGAAAUCUGCCUCGAGAAGCAGACCAGGAGGAAAUCAAGGCACUCUUUACUGAGUACGGCACUGUCACAGAAUGUGCCAUCAUCAAGAACUACGCCUUUGUCCACAUGGAUGACCGCAAAGAUGCCACCAAAGCCAUUAAGAAUCUGCACCUCUACAAGCUUCACGGCACUCCAAUCAACGUGGAGGCCAGCCACGGGAAGAACCAGGGCGCAGUCAAACUGCAUGUAGCUAAUGUAGAAAAGGGAGCUGAUGACGAGCUCCGAGCUCUUUUUGAAGAGUAUGGCUCAGUCACAGAGUGUGCUGUCGUCAAGAAUUUUGCUUUUGUACACAUGUCUAACUCUGAAGAGGCCAUGGAUGCCAUUAAAGGACUGGACAACUCUGAAUUUCAAGGCAAACGCAUCCAUGUUCAGAUUUCUAAGAGCCGUCCCAGACAUGACGAACGGGAUGACUACCCCCCUCCUCCCCCAGACAGGGGUGGCUAUUGGCCCCCUCGUUACCCGGGAGAGAGGCACGACCUCCCCCCUCCACCCAGCUACAUGAGAGGCCGCCUCAGCCAUUUACCCCCAGGUUACCCUGCUCCUCCGCUGCCACCCCCUCCCCCCCGACGAUCCGUUUAUCCUGAACGACCCUAUGAGGGUGAAAGGGAGAGAUACGGCGUGGUAGAUUACUAUGAGAAGUACAGAGCCCGUCCGUAUGGCAUGGCCUAUGAGGAUCAACGUGCUGGCGCCCCUCCUCCUCCCCCUCCCCCCUCAGCCGUCGUCCGAGACCGUCUUAUGACCUCGUCGCUUGAUCCCUAUGAGCGUCGUCCUCUCCCACCUCCUCCGUCCUCGUACUACGCCCGAGAUCGCAGUCCCCUCCGGAGAGCGCCUAGCGCGCCUAUGCCCCCUGCCAGUAAUGGCUACUCCUACGAGCGCUCUCGACUCUCCCCGGUUUCCCGGGUCCCGGCAUACGGAGUUCCACGCGCCAGGGACCCCUACGCAGAACGGCUGCCUCCGCCACCGCCUGCACGCUACGCUUAUUAAGCAAGGCCCUGGCAUGUGAAGGAUCGUCGUCCGACUGCGUCGCCGCUCGCCGCCUCCUGAUGCACGUGACACUAUCCUCUUCCUGUCUGUGGCUGAGCGCGUUACGUUCACCUGCGACGCUCACAGGAGGAACUGAAUUGCCGACGUCCUCGUCUGUUUUUGUUUUUAUUUUGGGAAAGCUUUUACUCGUUUUUCCCCCACCCCUGAUUGUUUUAGUUUGUUAUUGUGCUGUAGUAUUUUUUUUUUAUGCUUGACGUCUGAAUUAGGCGUUUUUUUUUAUUUGUACUUUUACGUUGAACAAAAUUAGUAUUCUGAUGUUGUGUGUGUGACCUUUAGAAAGCUGAAGAAUUUCAGUAGUCUCUAGGCGAUACUUGUGACUGUAGAUUUAACUGAACUGAAUCAUGUUUAGUAUUAAAUCUAAUAUGCACGUUGGUUCCAUCAUGUUACGCAUUCCCAUCGCAAACCAAACCUCAAUGUGGCGGUGCUGUGAAAAGUUAAACUAAGACGUAUGAGUUUAACACAUGUAGAAAGUAACUGUUAAUAGGACGGUCACCGCAAAGCGUUCACAUGUACCUGUCCAUUGUCGAACUUGUUUUUAAUAAACGGAUUUGUGCAGUAAUGUU